GCCCUACAGGAUAGAACUAAAAAACCGAAAAAAAGGAAGUGGAGAAUCCACUGCAUAAUUCCUCAAGAUCUGUUCUAGGGUUCCUCAAUUUCGAAGUGUAAUUGACGCAUUAACUUUGAAAAAUUCGAUCAUUUUCGGUUGCCACCUCCAAUUUGAACAGGCUUUCUUUUUCCCCCUUUUUUGCGGUUGGAGGGGGAAGGAUUUGGAAUUUGAGGGUUUUGAUUUGCUUGGGAAAGAAUUGGGUUUGGUUUUCGAGAAUUGUGAGGAUAUUGGAGAAAGCAAAUGCCGGAGGAGGAUCUGGUAGAGCUGAAAUUCAGAUUGUACGAUGGAUCAGACAUCGGUCCGUUCCGAUAUUCGCCGGCGUCGACUGUUGCUAUGCUGAAGGAAAGAGUUGUCGCAGAGUGGCCUAAAGAUAAGAAAGUUACCCCAAAAGCAGCAAAUGAUGUGAAAUUAAUAAGUGCCGGGAAAAUUUUGGAGAAUAACAAGACCGUUGCACAGUGCAAGACGCCAUUCGGAGAGCUGCCUAAUGGAGUUAUCACCAUGCACGCUGUUGUACAGCCAUCGGUAGCAAAAGCUAAGACAGAUUUGGAGCUUUUAGUCAUGUGGAGCUGUUAACUUUUGCACAUAGGUUUCUUGAAUAAGAUACUAUGCUCGAAAGUAAAUCUAUGGUUUCAGCAUAAAUUUGUAUGCGUUCAGUACUUUGCUUAUCACACAAGUUGGAAUGAUGUUAUGAUGAUCACAUUACAAAUAUAGCUAUGACAUUGACUAAAACUCCUAAAAAUGGAAGUUGAGGACAGGGGAUGGUUGGAUCUAGGGAAUACUUGGACACCUGAGAAAAGAAGCAUACGGUCAAUGUGGAUUUUGAAAUUUUUGGCAUGUUUGAAGGUUCAAUAAUAUGAAUA